AUCUUUCUUUCCCACCGCAAGGAGGCCAUCAGUGUUGCGGCCAUGUCUGGGGACAUUCCGGGUCAAGCCUCGGAUGUGCACCUGCUCAUCAAUGAGGCAAAGACACUAGUGUCACAACUCUAUGAUCCGGCAAAUACUGGCAACCCCGCUAAAAUCCAAGCGAUCCAGGAACACCUGCAAGGUCUCCAAAAAAGCCCCCAAGCAUGGUUGGUCGCAAAUUAUCUUCUUGCGGAGCAGAACACAGAUCUUAAGUUCUUCGGGGCCUUGACCUUCACCGUAAAGAUUAAUCAGGAUUGGCAACAUCUGAGCACGGAAGAGGCUCAGGAGCUACUUGGACGACUGAUUGAACACUAUGUCAUUCUGGUUAAUGGAGGCGAGCGCUCUUUGGUCAUACGGAAACUGGCUUCCAGCUUAGCGACGAUUUUCCUGAAGCCCGACACUCCCUGGACACGGGCUGUUUGCAACCUAGCGGCUUCCUUGGCAAAUGGGAAGUAUGUCUCAGAGGAACACUGCAAGAAUAUUGACUUGAGGAAUACUGUGCUUCCUGCCUUGUCUGAGCGCCAGGUGACUUCAUUGCUAUACUUUUCUAAUACCCUGGGAGAAGAGAUUCAUAAAUGGAGCUCCGAAGCCCGUCGCAAUCGUGAUGAUCACCCCAUAUCUGAGAACAUUAAGGACGCUUUUGUACUUGUUGAUACUGUUCUUAGUCACAUACUGCAACAGGUCGCAUCAGGAGCCCAUCUGUCUGACGACAGCUUGGGGACCGAGGCCAUCAAUUCUUACCAAACAUGGAUGUCUGUCCGAAGUGCCUUUUCUCUCCGUGACACGAUACCUGUAUCUCAAUUAGCUCCGACCACAACCUAUAUCGUCCAGAGUAUGAGGAUUCCAGUUCUAUCCAAAGCUGCGACGCAAGUCCUGGUCGAAUUAAUAGACUGGCGGGACACCGUCUUCACCCCAGAACAUAUCAACGCCAUCUUGGAGUACAUUGUUUGUGAUCAUGGUACCGCACAUAUCUCUUCACUUAUGGAAGGAGAUUUCGAGGAUGAAAACAUGACUUUCUUGGAGCUCCUACUGGCAUAUUCGACACUUCAGCAAAGAGAUCUUUUAACGAAACCAUUGGACCCGCAACAUGAAAAAAUACUCGCUCUGCUACACACGCUGUUUAAAGCGCCCGGUUAUGCAUCGGUAGACGAUCUGGCUUCACCUUUGGUUCUCGAAUGGUGGACGGAGGUUGCGGAUGAUCUUCAAGAAAUAUACCUGGAUUCCGAAGACCAAAACGGACUUGGGCCUGCGAAGCACAAUCUUGCCCGCGCAGCACUAGAUUGCUUCGACAAACUCAAGUACCCGACUCCAGAAGUGCUACAAAGAUGGGGUGAUGAUGACCGUAGUGAGUUCGGGGCUUUCCGGCGUGACGUGUGUGACUUCCUUCUCGCAAUCUAUCCAAUGCUGGGCGUAGAACUGGUUCAGGUCUUCCAGGAACGAGCAAGGUCGUCCCUUCAGCAGCAAGACUGGCGGACGUUCGAGGCUUCUAUCUUCUGCAUUGCUCAGCUGUCCGAGGCUGUGGAUGAGAACCAGCAUGCUGAUGAAUGCCUGAAUUCUAUCUUCUUCUGCGAUGAUUUCGCAAAAUUGUGUGAAGGAAAUGGAGUGGCCAUCCCCGACAAACCACGUCAGACUCUGGUGGAUAUGCUCGGGAAGUAUCAAUCAUACUUUGAGCGGACACAUGCUUUGCUUCCUCGGGUCUUAACGUUCCUUUUCGCGUCCCUUGACGUUGGUCCCUGCGCGACAGCAGCGUCCAGAUCAAUCGCGCAUCUCUGCAAGUCGUGUCGCAAUGCUCUCACGCUGGAGCUUCCUGCCUUCAUCGAACAGUUUGAGCAUUUCCGUUUCAAGCCCACCGCCACGGCUCACACUAUGGAGAAGGUUUUGGAGGGCAUCGCUGCGAUUAUCCAGACCGUACCCGAAGAUGAAGCGAAGGCUCAAUUCCUUGAAAGGAUUCUUCGGAUCUUCCAUGAGCAGGCAACCGCCGCCCGGGAAGAAGCGGUUAAUGGACUCAUUGAGCAAGCCCAAAGCCGUGCUCAACUCGUGCUACGAUGCAUCGCCAGCAUCGGCAAGGGUCUCCGAACAGAUAGCGAGAUCAACUUGGAUUCCAGCGAAGAUAAGGAAGCGGAUGCCUACCCGCCAACUUUCUGGAAUAUGGGCAAUGGCGCUGUUGUACAAAACCUCAUCAUGCAAUGCAUGCAGCUCCUCAUGGCUGACUUCCCCGUGGAUGUGUCGAUUAUCGAAGCUGCGUGUGACAUACUGAAAGCCGGCUACACCGAGAGGACCGGUCCCUAUGUUUUCCCACCGAUGAUGACGGUCAACUUUGUGAAGAGCAUACCCCUGGGCAGUGCCGGUACCGACAUGGUUAUGGGCACCGCCUCAGCUUUCCUUGCCUCCCACAGCUCCCACCCACAGCGUAUCCGUGACGAAACUGCUGCAUUGAUCAUUCACGUUUACGAGACUUUCUGCUGGAUGCACGAAAAGCCAGAGUGUUACGAUCCCGAAGUCGCCAACAGUGGCAUUGAUUUCCUGACACGCUUGCUUCCGAAAUACCACCCAUUCCUUUUCGCGCUCACGUCCCCGCCGCAGGCACCUAAUCCGACGGCUGCUCAGCAGCGACCGUCUGUUCUGGAAGCCAUCUUGAAUUUCACACUAAUUUCCCUGCGAGGCCCUGAGCCCCUUCCACUUCGCUCUGCCUCACAAUUUUGGGUGAGCGUGUUGAAUCUUCCCGGUGACGCGCCGCCCAUCCAGAAUGCCGUCCGCGAAUGUCUCCCUGCUCUUUGUCGGAUCCUGAUGUCUCAAUUUGCCGGCAGAUGUGCCCGGUCGGACCUAGAACACCUUUGCGAGGUAUUCCGGAAAAUCAUAUUCAAGCAACAAGGAGCUGCCCGACCGCAUCUUGCUGCCGCGCUGGCCGAGUUGGACGUGGCCGUCGAACAACACCAGCGGCCAUCUAUAUCGCCAGAAGAACGACAGCGCCUCCUUGCAUCUCUGUUGGCCGCAAGGGGUGCCAAAGCGCAGACCAGUCAGUUGAUACGCUCGUUCUGGGUCAAAUGCCGUGGCGCGGGCUUUGAUUACGUUGGUUAGGGGUCUCAGGGUAGUCUGGACAUGAUCUCAACAAUAAGCUAUUUUUGUCCUUGAGUCGCCAGGACCGUUCACUUGCGAGCCGAAUGAUAAAAGACGCCGUAGUUAACGUAUGCUUAUGACUAUAGUGUAAAGCAUAGAAAAAGUCUCUG